UUGUUGUUUGUCAACUGCCAUUAAUCUCCAGAAGAAGAAGAAUCAGAAACAGAAACCUCAGGCUCGGGGAUGGAUGUCAACUUUCCGAUAUUUGGGUUGUGGUCGGACAAACGCGGUGAAGUGGCGAUUUAAUCUGUCUUUUCACAGAGUAACAAUAUUAUCCAGGUAACACAUGUUGCCACAGUAAGAUCUCUGCCUUUUUGCUUGGAUGCUGUGCUGAUCUGGUCUUCAUCAGUCUGUGGAAGUCACGCUCCACAGGAUGGCAGACAGUGGAAACCAGUCUUGCCUCCAAGGAUCACAAGACACCCUGUCCUUCUUGGUGUGUUUGUUUCAUGUGUGGGAAGACUGGGCCGGCCUGGAGCAGCUCGAGGACUACCUGAGCUUUCUGGAAUACCUCUUGUGGGUCUUCACCCCUCUUGUUGUUGUUUUUCUUGUGCCAUUCCUCAUUGUUAUCCUCCUUUAUCUCUCAAUACUCUUCCUUCAUGUCUAUAAGAGGAAGAAUCAGCUGAAGGAAGCUUAUAGCAACAACUUGUGGGAUGGAGCCAGAAAAACAUUGGCUACCCUGUGGGAUGGACAUGGAGCCAUAUGGCAUGGUUAUGAGGUCCAUGGAAUGGAGAAGAUUCCCAACAGAGGACCAGCUCUAAUAGUGUACUAUCAUGGAGCCAUACCUAUAGAUUACUAUUACUUCCUGGCCCGUGUUAUCAUUCAGAAAGGACGUACCUGCCAUUCUGUAGCUGACCACUUCCUCUUCAAGAUUCCUGGUUUCAAGUUGCUGUUAGAGGUCUUCUCAGUGAUCCAUGGUCCUCAGGAAGAGUGUGUCCGGGCUCUGAGGAAUGGCCACUUGCUUGGUAUUUCUCCAGGAGGAGUGCGGGAGGCAAUGUUUAGUGAUGAGACCUACCAUCUUUUUUGGGGAAAACGCAAAGGCUUUGCACAAGUUGCCAUUGACUGUCAAGUGCCAAUAAUUCCAAUGUUUACUCAGAAUCUACGAGAGGGUUUCAGAUCUCUUGGGACACUAAAAUUAUUUCGGUGGCUGUAUGAAAGAUUUCGUCUUCCUGUAGCUCCGAUUUAUGGGGGAUUUCCUGUGAAAUUUCGAACCUUCCUUGGUGAUCCUAUUCCAUAUGACCCAAACAUCAAUGCUGCUGAGCUAGCAGAAAGAGUGCAGCAGGCGGUCCAGUCCUUGAUAGACAAACACCAGCAGGUCCCUGGGAGCAUCUUGAGAGCCUUGUUAGAGAGAUUCUACACAAAACGCGAAGAUGACCAACAUCAGAAUUAAAAACUACACGUCCCAUUUAUGAUCCGAUUUGGACGUAAGAAGAUGAACUUUAUUGUCCUGGAGGACAUUUUGUUUUGGGUGCAGACUCUGACUGCUGCGUUAUCCAAAAUAUUGCCCAUCCCUUUACAUUCAUACAUCAUACCUGAUGCAUAACAUUCUAACUUACAAAUGACUGGUUGCAUUCUGUAUGCACACUGUCCUAUUGGCUGUUUGUAUUAUGUCACUUGGUGAUUCCUUCAAAUUAUCUUAUAGUAGGAUGGAAAAAAGAAAAAAAAAGUUGUAAAAAGUAAAAUACAUUUUAUCCAUAUUAAAUGUGGUCAAAUAUGGGAAGUAUUUUUGUGAACUGUACAAAAAGUCAAAAUGUCAAAUAAGUGCAAAAUGUCAUUGUAGAUACUUUUUUUUUUCAUUUUAUAUCCAAAAAUGGUGAGGGGUGAGGAGUUCAUGUUACUGUACUUUCAAUUACAGGAACAAUAUUCCAUAUGAAUGACCUCUAUGCAUCAUGAGUGGUUGUACCUGGUUGUGGUCCUGUCACUUUGUUUUGGUGUUUCCUAACCCUGGUCCUCAAGGCACACUGCUCUGCAUGUUUUAGAUAUUUCCCUUCUUAAUGUGAAAUCACCUUUGCUGAAGCAUGGAAACAUCUAAAAUAUGUAGGCCAGUGUGCCUAGAAGACCAAAGUGGGAAACACUGCUAUAGGGAGUGUGCAUCGGUGAAGUGAUGUUAUACCCAAAGCCUUUGAUUCUCAACAACUCGAUUGUUGCAAAUCUUUCACGUUGAUAUUUGGAAUGAACUUUGUGAUCAGCUUCAUUCUCUCUGAUUUGGGUUAAGCUUUGGUCGCUAGUAUUGUUUUUUUUUUUAUCAGGAAAGAUCAGCUGUUUUAUAUGUAUUUAUAUUGAAGAAGUUGAGAGGUCUGUGAUCUUAACGCUACAAAUAUAUAGAUAAAACAAAUUCACAUGAAGGAGAAUAAAUUCAACAGAUGCUGAAAAUAUUAGAAACUUUUGUUUGUGGUGAUGUAUCAAACUACAUUUACAUGUGGUGAUAUGUAAAAGGUACAUAAUCAUCUAUAACUGUUAUUUAAUAUCGGUUCAAUAUUAAUAAGUUAUUUAAUAAGUUCAACUUUCAGUCUGUCCAGCAAACUGAACAGACUGCCAUGAAGACAAUUUCUAUCACUUUUGAUGAACUUCUCUAAAUUUUAAGGGAGGUUUUAAUCUUACAUCUGAGCUGUUACAAAACAGCUCAGAUAUAACUUCUUUUAUGUUUUGAAACUCAAAUAGCAUAAGAAAUCUCCUUGUUACACAUUUAGCUGCUGUGUUGUCUUUGAAAAAUUCCCUGUUAUUUUUGUGUAGAUCAUAGCACUGCUUGGAACAAAACUACAGACAUUCCUGGGAUUCUGCCUUUCGACAUGGUAUUUGCUGUCUUGAUAUUCUGUUAUAAACCACAUUUUUUGCAACCCA